AGAGCGCAGAGUGGCGAGCAGCAUUGGUUCUGAGCCAGACUGAAAGUCUGGCUGAAUGGAGGAACCCGUGUGCAGCAAAGCUUCAGGAUCAAUGGAGGACACGUCCCUUGGACAUUCUGUCAAUAAUGCCUCCUUCUCCCUGUGUCCAUCGGCUGCAACGCUCUACUUCCUCCCCUCCUUCUAUACCCUCCUCUUCCUCACUGCUCUGCCAGGGAACUUCCUGUCGCUGUGGGUCUUCCUGCGCUGCAUCCCCUCCAUCUCCCCCACCCACAUUUACCUUUCCCACCUGAGCAUCUCCAACCUGGUGAUGGCUGUCACCGUGCCCUUCCUCGCAGCGUACUACGCCUGGGGCUCCUACUGGGAUCUAAAACAGAUUCCAUGUCAGAUAGUCCUGCACGGCAUCACCCCUGUGCUCCACAUCAACAUCUACAUCAGCCUGCUGAUUCUCACAGGCGUGGCCCUCAGUCGCUUUGCCAUCCUCAUCCGUAACACCCAUGCCUCCAGGCCGAGCGCCUGCAUCCGCCUGCUGCCAAGCGGCCUCUUCUCCAGUCUCACGCAGAUCUCUUUUGCACACAGCAUGUGCGCCUUGCUGUGGGUGGUGGCGGUGGGAGGUAUUGUUCCAGUGACCGUUUACUACUCUGUGAAUGAAGCCAUGGAGAGUGCAGCCGAGGCAAAGAAAGGUGGCUGUAAGAAGGUUUGCUACAGCCCUGUGGUGGAACUAGGAGGCAGCGUGUCUUCCUCCUCCAGCAUUACCCUCAUCGUUCUGUUCUUUGCUCUCUACCUGGUGGUGCUGCUCUCUUAUGUGACCGUCCUGAAGCACCUCAGGCGCUCUCGACGCAACGCCAACAUCACCAGCUCCCAGAGCCUGCUGGCACGGGUCUCCCGGAACAUCGUGGUCAUCCAGGUGGUCCUCUCUAUCUGCAUGCUGCCCUAUCACAUCUUCAAACCAAUCGUCCUCACCCUGGCUUAUGACCCUCCCGCCCCGCAGCCAUCCUCCUGUCCUUCCAAACACUCCUGUCAUCCAAUCAACACCUUCAUUGAGGUGAAGAACUUUUUAUUCUUUCUUGCUGCUCUGAGAUCCUCCACUGACCCUGUGAUGUACUUCCUGUUGGACAGGACCUUUCGUCAACAGACCCUCAGGAUUCUGGGAAGCCGCAGGAAAGACUCAAAUAAAAAGCAGAUGGUUUGGUCAACUACAGAAGGGGCCAAUCAGAAGACAGAAAACAUGGGGGAGGGAAACAUGAUCUUAUCUAGUGAGGAGCUGAGAUGAGAAAGACGUUAUCAGAUCAACUGGGACACACCAGAUGUCUCUGACUGUCUCCGUUCUGAAAAUGUCAAAGAUGAAUUUCUGUAAACCUGAUUCUCCUCCACUUUGAUGACUGUUCAGCAUCCUGAAAUGUUGCCCAAAGGACUCAAGCGUUAAUAAAUGUUAUGGCUGCUUGGUGCAUUACUGUAUCCUGACCAGAAUAUAAAUGCUGAUUAGAUUUGUGAUCUUUUAGAUUAUGGCUGAAAUCUUGGUGUCAUGAUGGACUCAGACCUGAACCUUCAGAAGCUCAGAAAGGUCACUAUUACUAAGUUAACCUUUUAUAAUCUACCUCCCAGACCACUCAGGUCUUCUAGUUCCAGCCUCCUCUGUCCACCCAGAACUAGAACCAAACAUGGAGAAGCAGCAUCUAUGCUCCAUGGAUCUAGAUCAAACUCCCAGCAGACUUGAAAACAGCUGAAAGCCUGAGUUCUUUGAAGUCAGAUUAAAAACCGGUUAGUUUAGAUCUGAUGGAGAUAAUCUGGUAACUGAGGGAUUAUUAGUUUAAGGUUUUGAUCAAACUGUUUGAUUGGUUUUACUACCUGCUUCUAUUCUGCUUUUAUUUUCCUUCUGUGUUACUGUUUAAUUCAUGUAAAACACUUUGAAUUAUUCGUGUA